AUGAAUGGUUACACACUGAAUGAUUUUUUUAAUCAGAUUAAUACGGGUGAUUAUGCUAUUCUUACGCUAAAUUUGCAAUCGAAUGGAUCACAAGUAGCAUCGUUACAGCAAGAAUUACAGAAUUAUAAAGAUAACAAUCAAUUAGACGAACUUAUAGAACAGAAGGUAACAACGCCACAUAAGAAGAGGAGAUGGGCUCGUUUCAAUAUCAUGAUUCUUUCCUUUCUGAAAUAUUGCAGAGAUCUGGAUCCUUGGUCCCUUUCGUCCAGUUGUGAUUUAAUUAUGGACUUCUACACAAAUUUGACAAAUUGUUUAUUGGACGAAUCAUAUAAUUUGGAACCGUUAUUGCCUCUGUUUUUGGAACAAACUGAAUUGAUUAUUCCCAUGGGGAGGAAACUAGAUGAAAGUUAUAUGGAAUUGGGCACUCGAGAAAAUCAAUUUCUCUCGUAUUUAUCCUCUGUGAUUUCCAAAUUAUUUAAUAGUAUUAAGCCCAGUCAUAGUGAUGAUGUCAAUCAAAAUAAACCAAUGAAGAUAUCAGGGAAACAGAAGAUACUUUUAUUUUUGGUUAAUAAAUUGAAUAAUCUAUAUUUCAGAAUUAACUCGCCGCAAUUGUGUUCCAAUAUUUUCAAAAAUUUUCCUCUAAAGAGCUCCACUAAGCAAUUCAGUCAAUUUAAUUUUAAGGAACAAUUGGAAUAUCGAUUUCUUUUGGGAAAAUAUUACAUGAUUAAUGGUAGAGUCAGUGAUGCCUGGACACAAUUCAAUACCUCCUUUGCACAAUUAAUACUUAUAGGUCAAACUAACAGACAGAGUGAUCAGUGGUCCAGGAAUGUGCAAAGAGUGUUACGGUUUUUGGUUCCCCUGGGAAUUGUAGCGGGAAAAUGCCCUCAAUUUGAUGGCAGAUAUGCUGAGUAUUUGCAAAGACUAAAGAUUAAUUAUCCAGAGUUGAUUCAGGCAGUAACCACGGGGAACAUGUUUGCAGUACAUGGAUGGUUACAAAGAAAUGAAUCAUUACUAAGAAGAGAUCAUCUUUUGCUUUUACUACUAGAGAAACUGCCCAUUGUCGUGUUCAGAUUCCUGAUAAAACGCCUAUUAACAAAUGUUAUCGACGUGGAACAGGGCAAUAGAAUACCGUAUUCGCUGGUACUACGAGGAUUACAAUACUCUGUGAGGAUAGAAGCCUCAGAUGCAGAUCCAGUGACGAUAUAUAACGGGAUACACCAUCCGGACACCGUAGAGAGUGCAGAGAACGUCCUGGUGACGCUAAUCAACCUGGGAUUCCUGCGAGCCAACUGUUUCCCACAGAUGAAGCUCUGCGUGUUCCAGAAGAACACACCUGUGAAGGAGGUGAUGCCUCGGGUGGAUCAGAGGAUUUCGUUGCAGUUCCCAUUGAACCAGGAUGAUUCAUGGUUGAGUUCUUGA